GGUAAUACUUCAAAAUCAAACCCACCAGGAGCUUUGGUAAAACAAGAGGAGGAUGAUACGAUUUCUUUGUUGAGAGCUUUAGAGUCGUAUGCCAGUUUGCCGAAAGCAGCUUGGCAAUCAUCAUAUGUAGAACCAAGUGACCUUGUUAACAUGUAUGAUAGACAACGUAUGCCACAUGAAAAAAAACCAAAUGGUCAUUCCAGUGCAGAAAUGUCAACAGGAAGUACCACUAGUAUAGUGAUGUCAGCUUUUGAUAAUAGAGACAGAAAUUCAUUACUAGGUGGAACUGCACAAGAUGGAAAUCCCUUUUCUGAUACACCCUUGGACAUGAGUAUGUCAUGUGGGUUAUCAUUACAUAAGGGAACUACAAAUAAUUCUUAUUCAGGUGUUCCCUCAGGGGUACCACUGCAUGGAAGCAUUAAUACUAGUCAUACAUCGUCAUCAUCAAGUCUUGCAUAUGCUGGAAAUGUGAACAACUUGGACUCUACUGACUUCAAGAGCCCAGUGUCAACGCAUCCUAAUUCCGCAUUUCAGGCUGUCACUCCGAGCACUUCUGGGAAUAGGAUACCUGACCUGAUGGAUUUCAUAGCCACUCUUCAAUCAACACAUACUCCAAGUACUAGUUAUAAUACUGGUUUUAAUUCAAACUCUGGUAGUCAAGUUGAUACAACCUUUGGAAACCAUUCUCAAAGUUCGUGGUAUACAGGCUCAAGUGGGGUUAGUACCCAGUCUUGGGAGAACUCAUUGCAGAGUAUUUUAACACAGUUGUCUGGUUCGUAUGGUAGCCAGUCACAAGGGUUUCCUGGUAGUAGUACUGAUACUGCUCAUCCGUCAUACAUAGGAAGUCCUUCAACAUCUAAUGGAAACUACAACCAAGGAUGCAAAUCUGAGCAUAUGAAUAAGUCCAGUUGUGGUCAGCAAGCUGAAUUUGAAUUUUCUAAUGUUCUCCCUGUUCUUUCCCCAAGUACAGUUUUAGAACAAGUUAGUAAUGUUAGUAAUCCUGGUAUCUCAACCAUGUUAGAUUUGCCAUCAACCUCAAAAUCUUCUACUGUUGAUGUUCCACAGGCAACUGCAAAUUCAGGAGUGAAUACAGUUAGGCCACCAUCACCAGAAGACCAUACCUUUGCAUGCACUAUUUGCCUAGACUCUGUAAAAACCAUUCAGAGUUCAUCCCGUAAUUUAUGCUCAACAGUGUGUGGUCAUGUGUUUUGUUCUGAAUGUUUGCAAGAGGCUUUGAAGAAAAAGAAAGAGUGUCCUAUGUGUAGAAAGAGACUGGGCAAAAAACAGUACCAUCCUCUAUUUUUGUAGUGAAAGUUCAUUUUACCCCCAUAAGAUUUAUUUCCAUUUAUCUUGGUACCUUUUUACUGUAUUCUUUAUUUUACCAGAAAUGCUCAGGGAGUUUAUUAAAUGUCAGUGGAUUACUAAGGCAGUAUUUGCUUAAUUUUAUAAGUGUGAGGAGUUGUUUUUGGAUAAUUUUAAUUUACAGAUAAAUAUUUUGUUCUUUGGAAUAAGAAAUCUUCAGGAAAUUCAUUUUGAAGCAGCAUAUCUCAGGUUUUUAGCUACUCCAGUACAGUCACUACCCAACUUACGAACGAGUUACGUUCCGGCUGGCCGUUCAUAUCUUGAAUUGUUCGAAAGUCGAUUUUUAUUAUAUAGUUAUAAUUUUUGUUGAUGUUUACAUUCCCGAGUUAACUCAGGAGUCAUAGAUUAUACUAUUUUCACUGUAUUUUUAAAUCAUGUAGUAUUAAUUAGAAUUACUUUGGAUGUUAAAAAGGUAAAAAGGAGAGAAUAAAAUUCAGAUUCGUGCAACAUUCAAAAUAUAGUAUUUUUUCCUUGCUUUGAAAGUUUUCAGCUUGGAAAGAAUUUUGCUGGGGCAACAUCUAAAUUUAGAAGUUCACAAAGAAACAAUACACACAGUCAUCUGUUAAUUGAAAUAUGUACUAAACUUUUCCUAUGGGGGAGAGGAAAAAGGAAAUGGGAAUGCAUCAGAGGAGGAGGUAAAUUGGGAAAACAGAAACAAAUGUGUAGAAUAUUUUAUGAGUAUGAGUGAGUAUUCAUGUCAUGGUAAGAAGAAUACAUGGUGGUUAAUCACAAGACUUCUUGGGAUAAACAGGGAUGGGUUAAAGAAGCAGGUUCUUCCUUGUGUUCUUCUGUUCUUUGCAAAAUAUUCUUGCUAGCAGAAAGGUGCAUGAGCAAAUUUUGAAUUUACGGGUGGCAAAGGGGGUUGCUCCAAACACAGUUUUAAAUUAGUGACCCUGCCUGUUUGUAUCUUUUAGUGUUUGUAACAUAAAUGUUCAUAAGCAGGGUUGUGACUGUAUUGUCAAUUACUCUGGUUAUAUUAAGAAAGAAAAUUCAAGGUAUAUAUAACAAAUUUUGGUAUUUGAUUAUAAGUUACAGUAGACCCCCCAUAUUUGCGGGGAUGGGUGCCAGACACCCCCCACCCCCCCAUACAAAUAGCUAAAAUCUGCAAAUACUUGAAGCCACUCUAAAAAUGCUUAGAACUGCCUGGGUUAAUAGUUUAAAUGGAAAAAAAGCUGAAAAUGCUUAUACCUUUGUUUUAUACCUUUGUUUUUUGAUAGUUUAAUAACAAAAAGUGCAUUUAAUCACAAAAAUUUUAUCAAAAUACAGUCAUUUGUGAAUAUUUCUCAGUGGAAAAUACUGUGAAUAGGCAAAUUUUCUGUGAAUAAUGGGUCAGUCCCCGGGUUACGACAGGUUCAGUUUCAACGUUCCGAGGUUAAGGCACUUCUCAAUUAUAUUCAUCAGACAUUAUUUCCAGGGUUACGGCACCUACAACCCUGAUCUGGCAAAUGAAAUAUGACACCAAAAAUGCAAAAUAAGCAAUAUUUGAAGAUUUUUUUAUGAAAAAUGCAAUAAGAAUGCAGUUUACAUAGUUUUCAAUACACCCAAAGCAUUAAAAGUAAGGUUUUCUUAGGAUUUUUGACAAUGUUCCGGCUUACGACGCGUCUCAAGAACGGAACCCCCAUCGUAACCCGGGAAUGCGUACCAGACACCCUGCGAAUAGCUAGAACCUGCAAAUAGUUUAAACCCCCAUAAAAAUGCUUAAAACUGCCUAUUUUGUUAGUUAAAACUAUAGAAAACCCCACUAAAAAUGUUUAUACCUAGUUUUUUUAAUAGUUUCCUCAUGAAAAGUGCAUUUUAUGAUGAAAUUGUUAAAAAAAAAAAAAAACAGGAUUUUAUGGAUAUUCCUCAUUGAAAAAUUCUGUGGAUAUGUGAAUUUCUCAAAUGGGUGGAUGUGGUCCAUAGAGAAAUCUGUGAACAUGAGUCCGUGACUGCCAAGAACAUGAAUACGGCAGUUCCCACUGUAUGCAGUCCAUAAAAAAAUGAGCGAAUAAGGGGGGGUCGGCUGUAUAUUUUUAAAGUCUUAUGGUUCACAGAAUUUAAAGAAAGUCAAAUAUGUGUCACUGCAUAGUAUUCCACUUAAAGUAUGUGAAGAAAUUCCCACUUUUAAGUACUUGAGGUAUAGCAGAUUCAGGAAAAUUUUGCUGACAUUUUAGGGAAUGUUUCUUUAAAAUUUUUUUUGGCAUCAUGGAAACAAUUUUAAAAGUCUAGUGUUAACAAAUUCAUGGUAUAUUAUGGUUAAAUCUUUUGAUUGUUUUCUUCAAAAUUCCAGCAAUGUUUUAUGAAUUGAGAGAGAAUUCUGAAAAUAUCUUAGUUUUCAGAUAUCUGAUAGUUAUUCGUUAACCAUGCCUUUCCUGAAAUUAAUGUUGAAAAUAGUUGUAACACUAAGUUGUACACUUGGCUUGUAUGAUCAGUGUCAUUGGGUGUACUCUAUUAGCUUAGAUUUCAAAAGUCUUCUAAGUUUUUAUCGCUCAUUUUAUUCAUUAUCAUGCUCCACAGACAUUAAUUUAGAAUGACUUGGCUAACCAAGUGACAGGAAUAAUGCUGGUUAUUGUAAGUUUAGAUUGUUCCAUGAAAACUCUCCAAAAUCUGUGGUGUUGUUAAUAUUAAAUAAAUUAACAAAAACACGAAUGGGAGUGAAGUUUUCAGGGAAAGUAUUAGAGCUUGUAAAUUGUUUUGGGUUAUUAUUAUAUUCUGUCUGGUUAAAUUUGUUCCCAUGGUCAUUUUAUAAUGUACGUACUGCCAUUUAUUUAACAUAGAAUUAUAGUUUUGUAAGGGAAACACAAGCUGUUUUGUUCAUGUUAAUGAAAUGUAGGCAAAUUUUUUUUGUCAUAUGGAGGUCUUCAUGCUUGUUAUAUGGUCAUAAAAUAUUCCUUUUUUGUGCCCAAAUGAUUAAUCUGAGCAUUUUUUGUAAUGUGUAUGAAUAAUUAAACAUUUUUCAUUUAAGAUCAAUAAAAGAAUUACAAGUAUAAAAAAAGGAAGUUGAGAUAAAUAUAGAUUUUUGCAAUGUAUAAAUUGAUUGCUGUACUGAUUUCUCAUUCAGAAACCAAAUGUAUAAAGUUUUUAAAUGAAUAAUUUUUAGCAGUGUUUUUGUAAGUUCUAAAAAUCAUCUGACUGGUAGGUAUUUUUUGUGUAACCACCUAACCAUCUUGUAUAUGGAGUCAAGUUAUGAUCGCCUAGAUUUCCUUAAAAAGCAGAGCUUAUUAAUUAUGAAAUGGUAAAAGAGAGCAUUAAGACCAUCAGGUCACGUCCUUACUCACGUGGCUCAUCCAAAGACUUUACUUAAAUGAGAGCUGAAAGUUGAAGUAAGGCAAGGCUGAAGGAAUUUGACUGAGAAUUGGGAAGAAACCAAAUAGGAAUUGUUGAAAAGUCAGAAGCAGAAAGCAAUGCAGUGUGGGCCAUGAGACCACUACAAAGGAAUUUUAGUACAAUAUACAGGGUGUCACACAAGGCACUGUAAGUAGUAACCCUCUAGCAAGAAUUUGAGCGAAAGGUCCUAAAUUUGUAGUGCCAGAGUAGUGAAAAAAUUAUAUAGGAAUGGCUGCUUAGAUUGCUUCAUUUAAGUAUUGGUUCACAUUUUUGUUGUUCAAUAGUAGUGAAAAAGUGAUUUACAAGGCACUGAGUUUGAUUGACUUGACAGUAGACUAUUUUAUGUUGACACAAAGGUCAUUGACACAAAAGCACUUAGAUUACAGGUGCUGUAUAGUUUGUGGCAUUUAAUUUGUAAAUUUGUUCAGUUUUAUUUGAUAAUGUGGAAUAAUGAAAAACUAUUUAAUUCACACUGAAAAGUACUGUUUGACUGUGUCAAUUUGCCUUAUUCACUUGUGGAGUUAUGAUGUAGAGAAUUAGCAAAUUUUCUACAUCAUUGACAAGCUGCAAUUUAUAAAGUAUAGAGGCAGUGAUAUAAUUUGAAAUUAUUUCUCUGAAUGUUAUAAGAAUUUAUUCUUCUAACGUUUAUCAGAAUUUACCAGUAUCAGGGAUUGAACUCUGAAGAUAUUUUUGAUUUAGUAGAUAUUUUGUUUUGCUUCAGGUCCUUUAAUUUAUAUAUAUAGGUCAUAUCUUAUUUUCUUUGAACUACUUGUGUUCAAUACAGAACUCAUUUAGGAAUAAUUGAAUAGCCUCAGCUUUCAUCUUAACCUAUCAUUUUCACUUUUACUACCCACCAUCGUCUGGGACUGUUAUUAAAUGGUAAUGAUGAAGUUUAAUGCCUUAAAUGUCUCAAAAUAUGACUUGAUUCUUCAGUACUGUGGAGUACAUUUUGACUAGAAGUAAUUCAGUUUUCAGAAUUUGCCUUCACUUAAAGUUCUAUGUACGUAUGUGUUAAUGAUACUCAGAAUAAUUUGAAUGUGACAAUUGAUUUAUAAAGUGCGAAGCCAAUAAAAAUUAUUUACUUUUCAUGUGCCAGAAGACAUGAUUUAAUACUUAUAAGAGUUGUUUUCCAUGAUUUAGACCGUGGGGUAUGAUCACAACGUACUCAUUUAAAUUUUCCUAUUAACUUUUGCUGUUCACACAUAGUAAUUCUUUGAUUUUAAGUCAUUACAGAUGGUUUAAUGUGUAAGAGAGGCUCUUCAUUUUAUGGGAUGCAAAUCUGGCAUUUUCAUCAGUAGUAUCGGUGGCGAGAUCUUUUUCUUCAACCAGAAUUUUGUUGAAAAUGGUAGUAUUGUUAAGUUUGACUUGAGUUGAUUUCAAAUACAAUUUAAUUUAUGUUCCGAAUGUAGAUAACUGUAGUGGUAACUAAAUCUUUAUUAGAUUUUCUUUUACAUGGAGAUAAAAAGG